CCGGCGGCUGAGGAAGGAAGGCCCAGCGGCCGGGCUGCCAUGGCGGCCUCCUGUGCGGAGAUUUUGCGGAGGGAGUUCCCGGAGCUCGACGGAGAGAUGUUCGAAUACGUGACCGGGGUCCUGCACAGUGGCAGCACAGAUUUUGAGACGGUGGAUGAUCUAUUUGAAGCUGUCGGCGAGCUCUUGCAAGAUGUGUCCCGAGACUCCAAAGACGAUGUAGACAUCCGUGCCGUUUGCCAGCGUAUGUUCAACACCCUUCAUCUGGAGAAUGAAAACUCUCCGAGCAGCCGGCAGGUCCUCCUGGAUGCCCCAAUUCAGCUUUCUAAGAUCACUGACAAUUACGAUUCUAACUUGGACUUGUUGCCAGGACUGCUGUUGAAGAGAGAUCAGACUUCGAUGGUGAACGCUAGAAAGCUGGAGAAAGCAGAGGCCCGCCUGAAAGCAAAGCAAUGCAAGAAGCAGGAGCGAGAUUCCGUCAAAUCUGGGAGUCCAUUGGUUCUUGAAGAAGCGUCUGCCAGCCAAGCAGCCAGUAAGAAAGAGAACCGUCUCGAAAUGUCAGGCAAGAACAAGUCCUAUGACGUACGCAUCGAAAACUUCGACGUGUCCUUCGGCGAGCGGGUCCUCCUCACGGGAGCAGACCUGAACCUGGCUUACGGCCGGCGAUACGGCUUGGUAGGUCGGAACGGGUUGGGCAAGACCACGUUGUUGAAGAUGAUCGCCAGCCGCAAUCUGCGCAUCCCCUUGCACAUCAGCAUCCUUCACGUGGAGCAAGAAGUGGCCGGGGACGAGACGCCAGCCCUGCAGAGUGUGCUGGAAUGUGACACGGUCCGUGAGGGGUUGCUCAAGGAGGAAAAGGAGCUGACUGCCCGGGUUAACUCUGGAAGGGGAAUAGGCACAGAAGGUGCUCGGCUGUCUGAAAUCUACGCCAGGCUAGAAGAGAUCGAGGCAGACAAGGCCCCAGCAAGAGCGUCUGUCAUCCUGGCCGGGUUGGGCUUCAGCGCCAAGAUGCAGCAACAGACAACCAAAGAGUUUUCUGGAGGCUGGAGAAUGAGGCUGGCUUUGGCUCGUGCCCUUUUUGCCCGGCCUGACCUUCUUCUGCUUGAUGAGCCAACCAACAUGCUGGACGUGAAGGCGAUCAUCUGGCUGGAAAACUAUUUGCAGACUUGGCAAUCCACCAUCCUUGUGGUGUCUCACGACCGGAACUUCUUAAACGCCGUGGCCACCGAUGUCAUCCACCUGCACUCCCAGCGGCUGGACAGCUACCGUGGGGACUUCGAGAACUUUGUCAAGAUCAAAGAAGAACGGCUGAAAAACCAGCAGCGUGAAUACGAGGCACAGCAGCAAUACCGGGAGCAUAUCCAGGUCAGAGGGCAGAGUGGUUAUAAGCGAUGCAGUGGACGCCGAUCCAACAGUGCCGUUAUGAAAUACGAUAGGAUAUCUAUGAUGCUUUAUUCAAGCAAUGAGGGCCCUUUUGUCCACUUCCAUUUUUUGCUCAUUCCCCUGGACAUUUUUUUUCUCCCCCCCUAUAGGUUCCCAGAUGGCUUUGAGAAGUUUUCUCCUCCCAUCUUACAACUUGAUGAAGUGGACUUUUGCUAUGAGCCCAAUAACUACAUCUUUUGCUCCCUCUCUGUCUCUGCUGACCUGGACUCUCGCAUCUGUGUGGUUGGAGAGAAUGGAGCUGGCAAAUCUACCAUGCUGAAGAUCCUGAUGGGAGACCUGGCACCUGUGCGAGGGAUUAGACACGCUCACAGAAACCUUAAAAUUGGCUAUUUCAGUCAGCAUCAUGUGGAUCAGCUGGAUUUGGAUAUUAGUGCCACAGAACUACUAGCCAAAAGGUUUCCAGGGAAGUCAGAGGAGGAGUACCGCCAUCAGCUGGGGUGCUACGGAGUCUCCGGAGAAUUGGCGGUCCGCCCGGUUGCCAGCCUAUCGGGGGGACAGAAGAGCAGAGUGGCCUUUGCCCAGAUGACCAUGCCUUGCCCCAACUUCUAUAUACUGGAUGAACCAACAAACCACCUGGACAUGGAAACCAUUGAAGCUCUAGCAAAAGCACUCAACAAAUUCCGGGGCGGCUUGAUCCUCGUUUCGCACGACGAACGCUUCAUCCGGCUGGUGUGCAAGGAGCUGUGGGUGUGCGGCAGCGGCACCGUGCAGCGUAUCGAGGGCGGCUUCGACGAGUACAGAGACAUCUUGCAAGAGCAGUUCCGGAAAGAAGGUUUCCUAUAAAGACGCCCAGCUGCGUGCGCGAGCUGGUGGAGGGAGCGGAAACACGCCCGGGGGAAUCGCCGGUGGGGGGGGGGGGAUUCCACCGCCGUUGGGCGAACCAACUGCCGAGCUGAAACCCCCCCCCCCUCCUCCUCCUUCCCCCCUCUCCGCCAAGUAACCAGCAUCCGCCGGGAAAGAGAGGACGAAAGUAACCAAGUUGCCAACUCCGCUGCUGGAUCUGUGCCAAGUCUCUGCUGGGCAGGGACGGAAGGACAGCUGAAGGGAGAGGUUAUUUUGGGGGGGGAAGGGGGCCCCCCCCAGGGCUGAUUUAAGGGGGAGGGAGUUGGGAUGGGGAAGAGACAUGGCUGCUCCGAGCUGUCCUGUCUCCCCACCCCACCCCAUCCAGCCUGUUGGUAGAACUGAACCCACCGCCGAGGAAUGUAAGGAGGCUUCAGGCAUUCAGAUGCUGCUAAAUGUUGCACGUUUGAGUAGCUUCUCCUGGAAACGGGCUGGAGCUGCAAAACCGUCCUUUGGAAACCGGAUCGUUUCUUGCCUUCUUCUCCCCCGUCUUUAUGGGAAGAGUUGCAGCCCCUCCAAGCAAGCAAGCGAGCAAGCAAGCCAGGUUCUCUUGAAAUGGCUUCUCUCUCUCUUUUUUUUUUUCUUCUCAUGGCAUAGCCUUAAAUUUCCUCCCCUUUCCUCCCUCCUCCCCCCCCACCUCAGACGGUGAUGCUUUUUGUAGAGGUCUCCAAACUUGGCA